UCCAGUACCUAACUACACUCCCAAAUUAAGCAAUAUUUUUGUGUGUUUUUGGGCUUCCUAAAAAGUACCAAAAGCAAACUUAACAAACUAUAUUUGAAAAGUCAACGUCAAAAACGUAUUAAAAAAAAUGGCAGCAGAUCCUGCAGAAGAAGCGCCUGGCCCUCAGGUUCCCAAAACGGAAUUGGAGGAGCUCCAGAUAAAAGCACAAGGGACUGCUGAUGAGUCCUUGGAAAGUACAAGACGGAUGCUUGCUCUCUGCGAAGAGAGUGCGGAAGUUGGAAUGCGAAGCAUUGUUAUGUUGGAUGAGCAAGGAGAACAACUCGAUCGAAUUGAAGAAGGAAUGGAUCAGAUAAAUGCAGACAUGAGAGAGGCAGAAAAAAAUUUAAGUGGAAUGGAGAAAUGCUGCGGUAUAUGCGUCCUACCGUGCAAUAAGAGCCAAUCCUUUAAAGAAGACGAUGGCACUUGGAAAGGAAAUGACGAUGGAAAAGUUGUGAAUAACCAGCCACAGAGGGUAAUGGAUGAUAGGAAUGGAAUGAUGGCACAAGCUGGCUAUAUUGGCAGAAUUACGAAUGAUGCCAGGGAAGAUGAAAUGGAAGAAAACAUGGGGCAGGUUAAUACUAUGAUUGGUAACCUCAGAAACAUGGCCCUUGAUAUGGGCUCAGAGCUGGAAAAUCAAAAUCGUCAAAUUGAUCGAAUUAAUCGCAAGGGUGAAUCAAAUGAAGCAAGAAUAGCUGUAGCCAACCAAAGAGCCCACCAGCUUUUAAAAUAAUGGGAUGACAAGAUGAUGGAAUGUACAUACAUAAUACAUACAAACAAACAUACAUACUUAAGAGUAUUCCAUUCAGACAACAUACAUAUAUACACCUUUUUGAAACACAUAAUUUGCUUAAGUUAUAUUUCGGCUUGAAAAGAUUUCAUAAUUUCAUUUAGGUAAUUAGUGCUCCAAUAGAUAUAAUAUAAUUUUAAACAAACAUUUUGUUGUGAUAUAAUUAUGCAGCGAUAAUAAUCUCGUAUCUUGAAAUAAUACAAAAACAAAACAAAAAAAUACUCAUACAAAACGUGCUCAGCAAAAAUAUUGGAUUUGUAUAAUAUAACUUCAAAAAAUCAGUCCUUAUAUUAUAUUAAAUCCAUCCUUUCGAACACAUCGAUUCAACAAAGUGCAACUAAAUGAUUUCAUCUUGGUUUUUCGUUGAAGUAUAAGAUACUUUUUAUUGGAAUUUUUAUUUAAAAACAAUUUGUCCACCUUGUAACCUUGGGGAUUUAAAAUCAGAUUCUAAAUCAAUUUUCUUUAAUAAAAAAAAAGUAGUAUAUAUAAUUAAACCAAUUUUCACGAAGGAUUUUCUAAAUUAAAAACCCGAAAGAGAAUUGUAAAAAUUUAAUCCAACUGGAAAUAUUGUAAUUAUUAAGUUUUUCCCCAAAAAAGUAGUUAUGAAACCAAAAUGCAUCUAAAUUUCGUUUUUCAAACUCUCUAAUAAUACAAAUAACAUUUUAAAAAUUAUAUCUUAAAACUAAAAAAGAAAUACUCAUUUUCACAAAUUUAAAAUCGUACAAGAAAUGCAAUCUGUAUUUUGUAAGAAAAUCAUAUAUUUUCAAAAGGGCUGUUAAUAAACUAUUUUGGGUUCGCGCUGGCCUUACGACCGAUUCAUUUUUAUAACUUUGUUCAAAUCAUAAAAGCUUGAUAAAUAUAAUGAAACUAUAGUUGAACAUAAUAAGAGUAUAUUUAGCCAAAUUUAAUAAUUAGAAGACAUAAAGAUAUAACAUUGAAUCGGUUACGCACCGAACCCAAACAGAACGUCUAUUUAAAGCUCUGAUUUCCAUUUUUUCUAUUACUUCAAAGGACGAGACAAACUCAAGCCUUAAUUAUUUAAAUCAAGAACAGCUCAAGGGUUUUGGGAAAAUGUUGCCAAUUAUCAAGUCACAAAAUGUUAGAUGGCUUAGGCGGUUCAGUAUAUUAAUAUCAACCGCAGCACAUUUGAUUAAUUAAAUUGGCAUUCAUUUCUACGUAAACUUUACUGGAACAGAAUGAGCUAAAAACAACCAAACCAAAACAAAAAUGAAAUAUUGUUCAACAAUUGAUACGUUUUAAUAAUAUUUUAGUGUUCUAUGAAAACAUUGUAUAUUCACUAUAUAAUACGUGUAAAAAUGUAUAUUUCAAGAUUUUAACAUUAGAUUUAGAUUUAUGAAAUACCAAAUCUUAUAUUCUUCUCCAAUUGCAUGCAUGCAUAUGAAAAUGUAAAAAAUUAAGAUAUUAAUAACAUUUUUUGCUCACUUCGAAAUGUUAUUAAGAUCAUAUUCUAAGCAGAAGUACUAUGUAAAUCCGCAAACAUUAACACAUUGAGAAGAUUUAAUUUGAUCUGAAUUAAUAAAUUAUUGCUCUAA